UCAAAAUGGACACAUUUUCGCAUUUCACAACAGCUGCAACUGAAUUCAGUCCUGUUUGUGUUGGUCAAGCAAAAGGGAGAAGAUGACUCUGACUGAGGCCUCCUUGUGCGCUCUGGUGCGUGUGUUGGUGGUGUGUGUUGUUGGGGUGGUGGUGGUGGACGGCGCUGAGCUUCAAUCCUACGAUGGCAACGUGUUCAUCGAAGUCUCGAGCGGGGCCGACGCGUUUGUGGUUCGCUCGGGAGAGGAGCCAACAUCCCUCUUUGGUCUCAAGGACAACAUUACGCGGACAAACGAGAGGCUGGAUGCGCUUCGUAGUGAAGUUGAAGACACGGCCAACAGCGUUGCCGCCAUCAGCACAGCCCAAGAGCGCGUGCUUGCAAACGUGACGGAGCACGUGUCGUCCCUGCGUACGGCCAUUGCAGAUGUGGAGGUCAAAGUUUCCACCAUGUCUAGCGAGACGAGUGGUGCUACCGCCUCCCUCGCCACCGCCCUGCAGGCUGCAGAAGGGAACCUCGAUCGCCUUGCGCGGCAACACUCAGCCGAGCUGUCGUUCUUGGCCGGAAACUUCAGUUCGGAACUCUCCCGCCAGCUCUCAGAGCAAGAGGAGGCGUUUGGAAACGUGAUUGCGUCAUUGGUCAGCGACACUGCCAGCGCCCGUGAAAGUUUGCGAACCCAAGUCCUCCAGGAAACGGAACAAAACGCCGCCAGCCAAAUUGCAGCAGCAACAGCAAACACUCUGGCACCUGGCGAGCUCCCGACUGCGAGCACGCUGCCGGAUUGCACUGCGCAGACCACCGGUCGCCUCCGCUUCAAGGACAACUCAGUGCAGCUGUGCAUUGAGGUGACGAGCGAGCAGUACCAAUGGCGUGGCGUUGAUGUGCCCCGACCAACAGGCCUCUCAACAUCAGAGGCCGCGGCGUCGUGCAAAGAAGCGCUGGCGUCGCAGAAGGCGCUUGGGCUCAACAUCGGCGAUGGUGUGCACUGGAUCAAGAAGGGUGGUAGCGGCAGCCCAACACAAGUCUGGUGUGACAUGACAUCUGACGGCGGUGGCUGGACGCUCGUCGCAUAUGCAGGGAGCAUUAGCGGCAACAAGCAGAACACCGCGGGCACCAGCUUUUUCUUCCCGCUGUUCGGCCAUUACGGCACGUACGACCCUGAAGCGCCGUCCACGCGUUCCACGUUUUCACUGCUGAAGGACGCCAUGUUUUCGCACCUGUUUGUUGCGUCAAGUCAAAUCCUGGCCAAGCGGACCACAGUGCCGCAACACCAGAUGAUCUUCCCUGUUGCCAACGUGGACGACUACAACCAGAACCAGCUGCCGCCUGUGCCAUACCUGCGGGUGACGCGUGAUGGCACCAACUACUACGACCGCACCAACAUCAACAUCUUCCCCAACUACGGCUGCAAGAUGCCGUGCUACACGGGCUACGAUGACAACUGGUGCACGACGCUCGAUUGUGACUCUUCGAACCAGGACAAUGCCGGUUCAUUCAACAGCAAAGUCUCACACAGAGCCAUGCUCUACUGGGAAAUUAACGAGGGCAGCUACAGUGCGAGCCAGUGGUUCCACGCCACGCCCCUCAACAUGCACCGGUCGUCCAGUGCAGAGAACACCGUGCAGGACAUUGAGUUCUAUCUCAGAGAGAGCACCACGUAUUGAUGUCGCCCAGCGCUCCGGGCGCUGAUUCUCAUGCCGCCUUUGUUACUUGUGUGUGCGUGUGUGUGUGUGUGCAUGUGUGGUGGCUGCUGACUGCCUUGUGCGGGCGUUUCCUUGCGUGCGUCUUUUUCUUGCGUCCACACGUGCUUGGAGUGUAUGUGGGGCCAUAUGCACACUUAACGGUGCGAAUGCUUGCUCCUCGUGGUGUUUAAUGUUGGGUGCACACGUGUGUGAUGUUCCAUCAUGUUCCGUUGUUCUCGACAUGCUCUGGCAUUGCUGGUCAUGGUGGCGUUUGCAUCUGUCAGUGUGAUGAGUUGGCUCGGUGUAUGUGUGUGUGUAUGUGUGUGUUUGUGUGUGUGUGUGUGUGUGUGUGUGUGUG